GCGUCCCCUUCCCUCGGUGUCACAGAGGAUGUGGUUAGUGGGGAUCCCCUGUCAUCUCCUGUAUAAGACGCCGUCUCCGCAGACCUGCGCUCUACUAGAAAGAGGACAGAGAAUGGGACAACACCUGGUGCCCCUGCUGAUGCUGCUCCUUAGCAUCUCAUCCUUGUGCGUUCCAGUCACAGAGGCCAAAAGACCCGAAAGGAACCCACGGGGUGAUGGACGACGGCAGCAACAGAAAGGUAAUGAGAGAAAGAAUUGGCAAAAGCAGAACAACAAUAAAUCAGCGGCUCAUCUGAUUGGUGUAAGCCACACAACGGACAGAAGACUGAAGUGGGAAGCCAUACAUGAUCUGGCAUUCACUCGCCACCAGGUGGAAUACAAAGAACCCGAACUCGUUGUCAAACAUGGCGGGCUCUACUAUGUUUACUGCCAAGUCGGAUUCCAAGGCAAAGUGGCCAACGUCACAUUGUCCAACAAAGUCGUUACCUGGCAUGAUUCCUACCCUGAAGAAACUGUCCUCCUGGCCGGGACAGAGAGUGUUCUGCGACCCCUACCCAGAACCAACACCAAUUGGUAUACCAGCCUCAGCCAAGGAGGGCUGGCAAACCUGGAGGGUGGACAUCGGCUUUAUGUCAACGUCAGCCACCCAUUGCUUGUUGACUAUAGGGAGGGCAAGACCGUCUUUGGACUUGUGAAGGUGUCAUGAAGCGUGACAUGGACCCGUUUUCGAGACAAAUUAAGCUACAAAGGACCGGUGUCUUGCGCAAUAUUUUUAUCCAUGAUAUUAAUAAAUAUAUUUAGACAGAA